CGACAAAUUUGACUAGAAAUUACAGAUUUAAUUUACAGAUUAAACUUGAAAACGAACGGAGAAAGUCGCGCGCGCGGGACGAACAAGAAUAAUCGAAAGUAAAGCAGCAGAUACAGAAGAGCGCUGAAAGUCAUUACAUUAAUGACUCCUCGCGGCAAUGAAGAAUCGAAGGUACGAUCAAAGUUAAAGGUAGGGAGCAUCGGGACAGAGAGAGUGAGAGGAAAAGAGAGAGAAAGACAAAUGGGAAGGGAUAACACACGUAGCGUAAAAGUAAGAGAACCCACACGAGUCGCGCUUACUCGCGCGAUCGAGGGACACUUCUCUUUAUUCUCGUUCUCACUGUGUGCACAACUGGCUAAAAAAAUCUUCUUCUACUUCAGUCGUCGUUCGCCAAUGCGACCGAUACUGCACAACAUCAUCAUCAUCGCGCCGCAUCGCACUUCGCUCUACGUGUAUGUGUGUACAUGUGUGCGUUUCUUUUUUUUUUUUCUCUUCUUUUUAAUCGUUUGCUGAUUCUUCCGAUCAAUUUCCGAGCAAUUACGACAUCUCAGAACGUUUCUUCGUGUACGAAGUGAAAGUGGGAACGGAUCGGAUGGAUCUUUAAUGCAUUCUGGAUCGGUUUUGCCCCUGCGCGAGUUCGAGUUACGGUUGCUGUAAAAGUGUGCGAACGUAACGCGCGUAUUAAUGCCAGUCCAAUCUCACUACUUUGUAAGACAAGCAAAGCUAAAACGGUGAUCUUGAUCAAUCUGAUUACUUGUCACGCCUUGUCAAUAUCCAGAUCAAUUUUGCGAUUGAUCAUGCCGCUGCAUCGACACUAUUGAUCGAGAAAGAGGCAGAUUGGGUUUGCAAAAGAAUUUGAAGGCAAUCAAUUACGUAUCUAGGAAGCGGAACCGAUUCGACAUGAUUGCGACCAGGGGAGUGUCUUUACUCCGGACAAUUUCGGCCCCUCUGUCCUUGGAGCUUAUGCCAAAGUCAUCAAUGACUCUAUCAUGAUCUCCGUAACGAAGAAACGAAUCUGUCCUACGCCGGAUCCAGAUUAACAAUCGACGUAGCCUUUUGAGAGAUUUGUCGUGAAGGACAAAGUCUUAGAGUCUGGAGAUUAUCUCACAACAUUGAAAUGGCAUUGGUGAAUUUCAGUCUACCCUAUCAGUCGGCGACGAUGGCGCCGUUCCUUUAUCCUGGAGGACACACAACGGCCAACAAUCUCGGCUUGAACGCCGUAUUACCAGGAUCCAUGCCAAGCUACAACGAGCAGGAGACUUUUCAUAACGAGCCCUACGCAUCACCGGUCAAGUAUCAUCCGCAAAGACGUCAGACUCCUCAGCAGAGGAGUCAAGAGAUCUACGCGGAACACACGUCAUUCUCGUCGACGCAGGAUAAUCGUUACACCGCGUACAGUCAGGAUUUUAGAAGAACACAGCCCAGGCUGCAGCAGCAACAGCAACAGAUGAGACCACCCCCUCCCUCUUCAUCGUUUCAGCAGCAGCAACAGCAGCAUUCUCAGUCACAUGAGUCGAUCAAGUCUCGGAUAGAGGAACAGGAAAAUUAUCCGGAAAGACCUCAAGGUUACACGAGAGUCAAUGGCGGAAGCUCCAUCGGUCCAGAUGCCAAAACUUCGGUUCAUGCUGUACUGGACUACGACGAUGAUUUUGACGAUUAUUACGAUGACGAAGACCAGAACAUACCAACGAACGCACAUGUUACACCUAUUCAGGGUCCAAUCUUUCUGAAAAACGGUUCCGUUCCUGUGGUGCCGCUGUAUUCGUAUCCUCAGCUAAAUAAUGGGACAUUCGUGCAGAUACCGAUACUCUGGACUGCACUUUCAGUAGCGUUAGGUGUCGAACUGAGGGGAGAUUUGGUACGAGGUGUACCAUGCAUCAAAAGAUAUCAUCAGCUGUUUUGUCCAACCGCCGGAAACACAUAUCCAAUAGAACGAAUAGAGCGUUUUAUCGAUGAAAAUAAAGCGUUAAUGAAAAGGAUGUACGGUGACUUCGAGAUGAACCCAGGAUAUGGAUCGAGCGAACCUGGACAUCGUACUAGAACACGAAGAAAAAGCAGAGAUACGCGGAAACACGACAUUCCAGAUGGUGGACCUAACGACGAAUUACAUGCAGAAGAGGAAAUCGAGGAGUAUUUCAGCAAGAAUAGAAAUAUCAGGCAAUCCUUUGGAAAAAAUCGCAGCACAGAAAGUAGCAGAGUUGAUGCGUGCGAAUCAAAAGUUGAAAUCGUGACUCCCUAUUGGGCAAGUAACAGCGCCGGAAAGAUUCGUGCCAUUGUAAAUACUCAACAUUUCGAGCAGGCUAUACAUCAGGAAGUGUGCUCCCUAUUUAUUUUUCGUAGAAAAACGCAAACAAAUCGAUGCAACGGAGACUGCGGAUGCGAACAGAAAUACAAAUGGCAUAGGUUACUCGCCUACGACCCAGACAACGAUUGUAAAGGUAUAUUUAUGGAUUGGUUCCUGUUUCCCUCGUGUUGUGUUUGCAGAUGUGAUCCGGUGAAUAACAACAAAUUCUCUUCGUCACGCACGCGAAAUUGACAUGUAUUGCAUAUCUAUGCGAGAAAGAACGUGCCAUGAAAACUGCAACGGUUCGCUCAUUCUCUAGUGCCUUUGGACAAUUAUUGUGUAUAACGAUAAUUAUAUACAGUAUCUACCUAGUGAUUUGUGAUAGAAAUAGUGCAACAAGUAAAUGCGAUUUAUCGGUCAAUUUAUUGUUUUAAUUUUAAAAAAAUUGUUAGGA